CCCAUCCAAAACUUCUUCUAACUAUUGAAUAAAUUUGCAGACCAGGUUGAUGAUGAUGAAAGUUAUUGCACGCACAAUUGGGCUCCACAAGUUGCAAUUGUUAAGCUUUUAUACUUAUCUUCAAAACUAUGCUAAGCCACAUGAAAAGGACGUUACACAAAUACUUGCAGCUGCAGUUCAGGCUUGCCAUGAUGGGGUUCCUUCUGAUGCUGUAAAACCACUGUUCAUGCAAAUAGUGAAUCAGUUUGUACACGACCGUUCACGUCCCGAGGCUAUUGCUGUCGGACUCAAUGUUAUACGAGAAAUGUGCCUGAGGAUUCACGAGUUGAUGACUGAAGAGUUGCUGCAAGAUCUUGCACUGUAUAAAAAGGAACAUGAAAAGGCCAUCUCCGCAGGAGCUCGUUCCCUCAUAGCAUUGUUCAGAGAGAUCAACCCUUCGCUUCUAGUGAAAAAAGACCGUGGCCGUCCUGGUGGUCCCGUUGCCAAACCUAAACAAUAUGGAGAAGUUAAUGUCUUCAGCAAUGUUCCCAAUGUUGAGUUAUUGCAAGAAAGUGAUCAUGAGAGUGACUCUGAUGAUGGUGAUCAAGACGAUGAUGACAUGGAGUUGCCUGGCAGUGAUGAUGUCGAGCAGGAGCUGAUACCUGAUGAUGCGGGAACCGAGGAGGAAGGUGAAGAAGAUUCUGAUGACGAUGACAUGAAUAACACUGAAGAUGGCAGUGAUGUCGAUGCUUCUAUCGGUGGGGAUGAAGAGGAAGAUAUGAAUGACAGUGAUGAAGGCGAGACAGAUUCGGAAAAUGAAGAGCUCGAAAGCGAAGAUGAUGAUGGAGAGGCUUCUGCAGAAGAGAGUGGAAGCAAAGGGAAGAAACGGAAGAUAGUAGAUUUCGAUGCGAAUCUUCUCUCUGCUGAUACAAGCCUACGAGCACUAAAGAGGUUCGCAGAAGCGAAGAGCGAGCAGCCUUCUUUGGAUGAUAACGAUGGCAUACUUUCUAAUGAGGACUUCCGAAAAAUCAAAGAUCUUCAGGCAAAGAAGGAAGCAAAACUUGCAUUGGCUCGAAAGGGAUUCAAGGUUCCGGAUUCUGAUUGGCUAAGUAAGAAGCGGGUCAAUCCAGACAAACUUGAAGCUCACAUAAGGCAUAAACUGACAAAGGAGCAAAGGAUGGAGUUAGUUAAAGCGGGUAGGGAGGACAGAGUGAAAUACCAAUCCAGGACUGCCAUCAAGCAGAAGAAGGUGGGAGGAUCAAGCAAUAAACAGAAGGAGCACGACAAGAAAUUGCCUCUUGCUGCCGCAAGAUCAAAGGCUGGUAGAUCAAAGCGAAUGAAGAAAAUGAAGAAAAACACAAGCGGAACCCAGUUCAGAGGAAGGAAGGCUUGGAAAUGAAACUGUCGAAAACACUCUUCCUACUUGCUUUUUUUUUUGUCUCAAAACCCGAACGCAACUUUGCAUGUUUUUUUUGUUCAGUGUCAGCAGUUUUGAUAUUCAAUGUUUCUGCAUCAAAUGUUGUCGUUGGCCUUGUUAACACAAGUUUUUUAUUUACAUUCCUGGUAAUAUAUUUUCUUUUUUGGUCAAA